UUUUUUUAAACGAUACUAAAUUUCAAAAAGUAAUAUCUAUAUUAUUAAAGAAAAUCUUAUAAUUUAUUAUAUAUAUUAUUUACGCGAACAUUGCUCCAAAAAGGAACACGAUUCGCAUGUUUCGCUAUAAUCGCAUCAAUGAAACAUUUAAAAUACAAUAAAAUUACAUCGUGAAUCGAUUUGAAUCAAUCAUCAAACGCAGCAUAAAAUUUCCAGUAAAAUAUUUAGAAAAACACGAUGCAUAUAUAUGGUUAACGAUUUAAGUUGUCGAAUUGGAUUUCAUUGGAUAAAAAUUCAAGGAUCAAUUAUAAAAAUACGAAAUCGUGAUACCUAAAUGAGAAUACGUUUGUCGGGUAUGCGAAAUAAAAGUUUGGGUGUAAUUUUCAUCACGAAAAAUGUCCUGCACAAAGGAUUUCUCUUGCAUCGGAGGAUUGGAGAAGCAUAUCCGCAUAGUGAAAGAAACGGUUCUAUUUCCGCUUAUAUACGGUGACAUUUAUGCGAAGUUCAACUUGAAACCACCGAGGGGUUUGCUCUUUUAUGGGCCUCCUGGCACAGGAAAGACUCUGGUUGCUAGUGCUUUAGCGGUGGAAUGCAGUAACGCUGAACGGAAGGUUUCUUUUAUAUCUCGCAAGGGUUCCGAUUGUCUUAGCAAAUGGGUUGGCGAAAGCGAGAAAAAACUUCAGAAGAUUUUUUUCCUGGUUAAUAAUAAUACAACUAUUUUAUUUUCUUUUGUUUAAGAUAUUAAUUAAAAAUUAUUAACAAAGGUAAUUCAUUGAUUUAUAAUUAUUUAUAAUUAAUUGAAUAGGGGAGAUUUUCAACUUACAUGUUAUAUGAAAUAAUAAUGAGAGAAAAAUUUAUCAAAUGAAUAUCAA